AUGGAAGGCGGACCGCCGCUAGCCCCGCAGCCUGGGGAGGAAGGGGAAGCGAAGCGUUGGCCUUCCUUCCUUGAGAGGAUGAAGAGGGUCACUUCGACUCCCCUUCCUGCGCGCUCCUCUCCUUCUUUUGUCUCGCGCGCACUCUCUGCGCUUUCUGUUGGAGCAUCCGCGGGCGCUCCGGGGGCGACCGCCAGUGGACUGAAGCGAGCGAAUGUGAAACCCCGGCCGUCUGCGCCGCCUUCUGCGCCUGCCGCUUCGGCCAGCCGAGAAGACGAAUCGAGCCUUUCUCUCGCGCCGCCUUCGGCGCCGGUUCGCCUCCCCACUCUGUCGUCGGCCGACCUGGCCACGUCCUCGCUUCCGUCUCUUCUCCGCGCCUUCUCGCUGCCCGAAGAAAGGACGGACUUCCUCCCGCUUGCCGAAGAGAUCCCUCCCGCCCUCCUCCCAGUCUGCGGCGUACCGCUGAUUGUCUUCGCUCUCGACUUCCUCGCGCGAAACGGUGUUACCGACGUCUUUGUGCUGCUGAGGAACAACGAGGAAGGCGAGGCCGUCCAGAAAGUUGUCGAAGAACAACAACCUUCUCUGCAGAGACGAUUUGCGAGUCGUGGGGAACCCCUCCAAAUCGUGGUGGUCUUUGUGGCGCCGACCGUCGAGACUCUCGGAGACGCUCUGAGGGAUUUCGACUCUCGCGUCAAUUUGACAAAAGACUUCCUCCUGCUUUCUGCAACGACUUUCAUCGUCGCCGACAUCCGAGACGCACUCGAAAACCACCGCGCGAGAAGCGGAAAGAGACAAACGGGACGGGCUGCCGAGCAACUCGUCACUCAGAUUUUCUCUUCUCUCCCUGCGGCGUCGCCUCGCCGGCAUCUCUCCGACGACGUCGGCAUCGUCCUCAACGGCGAGACGAAAGAGAUGAUCAAGCGUGUCUCCCUUCGCUCCCGAACCUUCCUUGGCGUCGACGAAAUGACGCUUCUGCAGGCGCCGGGCGACGGGGGCUCGGGAAACCUGGAAGUACACUACGACCUCGUCGACGCAGGAGUGUACAUUUGCUCGCCGAAAGUUCUGAAGAUCUUCCGCUAUUCCUUCGACUUCCAGUCCAUGACAAGGGAUUUUAUUCCUGCAGUCGUUCGUCGCGAUAUCAAACUCCAUGCGGUCUUCGCUCACACCCUGAAGGAGAAAGCCAUGUGUUCCGAAUAUAAACCGUUCGCCGCUCAAGUCACGGAUCCGCGGUCGUACUUCAAUGCUUGCCAAAGCGUGGUGGAGCGGUGGCUGUACCCGAUCGUUCCGGAAGUUCUCUCGAUUUUCCUCGGCCAAGCGCGUCUCCGAUACAAGGGCGCCGGAACUUAUCAGGCCGACUCGGUGGUUCUGGGGAGUCGAUGCGAAGUCGGUCCACUGACUGUCUUGGAAGACCGGACCGAGGUCGGCGAGGAUUCGUCGGUGCGCGCGUCUUUCCUCGGCGCGUCUUGUUCCAUUGGCAAGGGCGUUGUCAUCGAGGGUUCGAUUCUUCUGGACCACGUCCAGGUCGCUGACGGCGCAGUUAUUCGCGACUCUAUUCUCUUCCCCUUUGCCUCCGUGAAACGCGGCGCCGAGAUCUCUCGCGGCUGUCUCCUCGGCAAGCAUGUGCUUAUCGGAGAAGAGCGCUCGAUCCAAGCGUUCACGCGAAUCCACCUGCCGUCCCCAGACUCCGAGGCCUCGGGGCCGAAGCCCAGAGAGCCAGACAGCGCCCGCGAGCACAGCGCGGAGGUCGUCGGCGGAGACGGCAGAGGCGUCUGCUGCGACGCACGCGGCGGACCUGUGGAACAGGAAGACCGAGCGCUCACCUCGCCGGGCGCUUCCAUCGCGCCCGCCGUCGCCCUCCCAGUUCCCCGCUUCUCCAGAUGUCCGGAGGACGAUCCAAGCGCAGAUCAACUGCUGAGUUGCGCGAUCUUCCCGGUUUCGGCGAAGGGUCGCGUCGGCCUGGAGGCCCUGGCGGUCUCGGCUUACAAUGCCGGCCUCGACGAGAAGCUGUUUUCUUUGUGUGCCGGAUACCUGCAAAGUUCGUCGUUUGAGGAGCAACAGGAUCGUUUGUGCGCUCUCGAGGAGUACCUUGCAGCUGGAAAGUUCUUCGCAGAUAAGGCGAAGGUGACUCUUCCUGCGCGGCAUGCACUCCGCGCCUUCUUGUUUCACUUGGCGACACUAAGCCCAGCCAAUCCGGAGGUUUGGCGGUGCGACCUCGCGGAGCAUCGCGUGGAGGCGCUCUUCUUGGCGGUGUUGCCGGCGGAUCGAUUUGUCGCGACAGAUUUCUUUCCGCUUUGGACGGAGUGUCUCGCGUUCUGCCAGCAAGCUGCGUUUUGCGUGCCGUCGUCGCAACUCGCCAAUCAGAAGGCCGGAGACAGCGAGGACGCGACAGGCGACUCGGAGACGGUCGCGCCGAAUCCUCUCCACAGCCCGGCGGCGUUCUGUUCGCUCGUCGAAACGAUGCAGGCGUGCGGAUUGCUCGAGUGCGAAACAACUUUGCCGCUGUGGUACGCCUACAUGGUGAACGUCGGGAAAGGAGCAGACGAGUAUCUGAGCAACCCGAGAUUCAUCGCGUUUUGCCAGUGGCUCGAGCAGGACUAG